AUGCACACACGCUCUAGGGGUCUACCUUUAGAGCCUAUCGAUCUUGAGAUCGAAGCAUCCAACAGAAGGAGAAACACUUUGAGAAGGCUAAAUCAAAGGAUCCGAGUCUCUUCUCCGGUCCAAAGACGAUCACCUUCACCAGUUCAAGAAUCACCGUCACCUACUCCGUCACCAGUUCACUCCCCUAUUCAGUUUGAGCCACAUUCUCCUAUUCUGAUGGAGAACGUAGAGGGGAAUGAUGUUCCACCACCUCCUCCAACGAAUGCUCAGCUUCAACAACAACUCGAAGACCUGCAAAGGCAGUUAAAUCAAAGGCAAAACGUGGUACCUGUCCAGAACAUGUAUGCCUAUCAUGGGGUGGCAAACCCACCCGUUGGCAACAAUGUUAAUGCCAACACGUUUGAACUCAGGAGAGGAUUACUGCAGAUGGCCGAGAACAAUGCUUUUAGAGGCCGAGCCACAGAGGAUCCCAACAAGCUUCUCACUAAAUUCAUCCAAAUCUGCAACACGACGAAGAUAAAUGGAGUUACAGAUGAGCAGAUCAGAUUAAGGGUUUUCCCUUUCUCUCUGGAGGAUGAUGCCAAGGAUUGGCUGGAUAGUAUGGAGCCCAACUCCAUUCGCACGUGGGAUGCCAUGGUGGAAAAGUUCUUAGAAAAAUACUACCCACCGAGUGAGGCAUUGAAGAGGCAGUCAGAGAUCAUUUCGUUUGAGAUGACUCCCCAAGAGAGUAUCCGAGGAGCUUGGGAAAGAUUCAAGGGGCUGAUGAAGAGGUGCCCCAAUCAUGGGCUGAAUCCGACGCAUCAAGUCCUAGCAUUCUACAGGGGGUGUUUUCCUGAAGCAAAGCGCGAACUGAACUUGAGCGCAGGAGGGUCAUUGCUGAAGAAGGGAGAAGCAGAAGCCAUGGAAGUAAUUGAGAGAGUGACUCCUAAUGAUGAAGGCUGGAACAACGAGAGGAGCAGAGUACACAAGGUAGCCUCUGCAGCAGAGAGCAGCCAUAUAGACAACAUGUAUAAACAGAUGGAGCUCCUCCACAAGAAGAUUGAUCUCAUGGGGAUGGGACCGGCUGUGCAUGAGCAGCAAGAGGGUGUAGAGGAUGUGAGCUACAUACACCAAGGGGGUAACAGAUAUUAUAACAACUCUCGCCCCAAUCAAGGGGGUGGAGGUUAUAAUCAUUUUGGGAACAAGGCGCAUCCUAACCUAUCAUAUGGGAACCCCAACAAUGCCCUGCAGCCACCACCGGGGUUCACAGUGUCUCAAGGAAUGAUCACUGAGCCGCAGAAGAAAAGUACAGAGGACAUAUUGAAUGCAUUCAUGACACAGUCACACAAGAACAUGGAGCAUUCCAAUCAAAGGCUUGAGAAGGUUGAGAAUGAUAUGCACAGUAUGGCAGUACAUAUGAAGAGCCUAGAGACGCAGAUGAGUUAG